GCUCGUACUCGUCGCAUCCUCCACAAGCCAAAAUCAACGGACGACCGGAAUCUUUUGCAAAUCCAAAUCCAUCAUUCUCACUGUCACACACCCCAUCUCGCUUUCCGGUUUCUUCGCUCCGUCCCUCUCUCGAUCUCUUUAGAAUGUGAAAGCAAGAAGAAAGCAACACAGCAUAAUAAGAAAGCUUAAAUCCUCCUCGCAGAUCAGAAAAAUGCCGGAGCUAGCAGCAGCAGCUGCACAACCUUCUCUCCACCUUCAGCAUUCCUCCGCCUCCGCCGCCGUGUUCAGCGCCCGAGACGCCAGCCCCGACUCCGUCAUCUUCACGCAGGACUCCUCCAACUUCAGCCUCUUCUCCUCCUCCGCCUCCGCCAGCGUCGACCGCUGCUCCUUCGCCUCCGACGCUCACGAUAACGACUCCCCCGCCUCCGACUUCUCACUGCAUUUGGCAGUGAGUGGAGGAGGUGAGCUCGAACAACAGCUGGACAGCUGGAGCGGUCCAGAUCACCGGCGAGAUCCAGAUCCAAGCAAGGCCGGUGUGCUACAGACCAACCAGAACAAGCUCGCCGGCGGUGAGGCUGCGCGGCUUUCGUCCAGGAAGGGAGAAAAAGUGAAAGCGGCUCAACAAAAGGACGAUAACCACAACUGCGACACAGCUGCUAUUAUUUCUGCACAAGAGGCCGAGAGUCACUUGCUGGAUUCAGCUAGGAGCUCGUUCUCUCUCGCUCUCAAAGAGUGUCAAGAUCGGAGAUCCAGAUCUGAAGCUGUCACGAAGAAGGCCGACAGAAGGAGACCUGCUUCGCUAGAUUUGAACAAUGUCGUCCCCGCUUCCUCGCCGCGAUUAGCUGCCGCCGUGGUUAAGAGCUCGCUCUCGUCUUCUCGCAAGUCCGGGACGUUUCCUAGCCCCGGAACCCCCAACUACCGCCACGCAAGCGUCGGAUUGAUGCAGAAAGGUUGGAGUUCGGAGAGAGUGCCGCUGCAUGCCGGCAGCAAUAGACGCCAGAGCGGCGGCGGUGGCGUGAUGUUCCCUUUCAAUAACGGGAGGACUCUGCCAUCGAAAUGGGAGGACGCCGAGCGGUGGAUUUUUAGCCCCGUCUCUGGAGAUGGUAUUGUCAGGACGUCGGUUCAGCAGCCUCAAAGAAAACCCAAGUCCAAGAGCGGGCCGUUGGGACCUCCCGGCGUUGCUUAUUAUUCGCUAUAUUCGCCGGCGGUUCCUGUAAUUGACGGCGGGAAUCUGAAGAAUUUCACGGUUGGUUCUCCAUUCUCCGCCGGUGUAAUUGCUGCUGAUGGAUUUACUUCUCGUUCUAAUGGCCAGAGAGUUGCCUUCCCUCUUCGCUUAGAGCCUUGCAUGGCUCGUUCUGUUAGCGUCCAUGGCUGCUCUGAGACGUUUAAUCAUAAUAACUCCUUGGCUAAUCAAGAGGAUAGUAGAGUAGAUAGUGUGAAAGAUGCUGCUGCUGAUGUAUCCCGUGCUGUUUCAAGACGAGACAUGGCAACUCAAAUGAGCCCUGCAAGCAGCAACCAUUCAUCUCCAAGCAAAAGGGUGUCGUUCAUGGCUUCCACUCCUUCCUCUGCUAAUCUGCCUAUCGUGGAAGUGCAAAGUGCCCGGUCCUCUAAAUCAGAUGUUAGGGAUGUGGAGGUAGAUGAAAGGGUCACUGUUACGAGGUGGUCAAGAAAGCAUAGGGGCCGAAGCAACCAUAGUAAGGGCUCUGAAAGCGUUGAUGAUUGGAGAAAGAAAGUUGCUGAUUGUCGUUCAUCAGCUUGGGAUAUUUCAGAUACCGCUAAAAGCAUAUCGAAAGCCCAAAGAGAGGAAGCCAAAAUCUCAGCAUGGGAGAGCCUGCAGAAGGCCAAAGCUGAAGCUGCGAUAAGAAAGCUUGAGAUGAAGCUUGAGAAGAAGAGGUCUUCAUCCAUGGACAAGAUAAUGAACAAGCUGAGAUCGGCACAGAAGAGAGCCCAAGGCAUGAGAAGUUCCGUUCUAUCCGACCAGGCUCGCCAAGUUUCAAGGACGUCUUCUGACAAGACUGUAUCCUUCCGCAGAACCCGUCAGAUGGGUACGCUAAGCGGCUGCUUUACCUGCCACGCUUUCUAAAUAGACUACUGGUUGGUGCAAUUCAUUCAGGGUAAGCAGACAGCAUAUAAAGUUUUAUUAAAACGUGGUCUAACUUCUGUACAAUUGUCUCAAUUCUGAAUUCUGAUGGAAAGUUUCAUCUUAUCUAGGGCAGGUUGGUUUAUAAAGACAAUGUACAGCGGAAGGGGGGCGAGAGAGAGCGAGAACCGCCCAUAGUUUAGUGUCAAGAUGCGUCUUUUUGGAGUCCUCUGAAGCCAAGCCCUCAAGCUAUAAGCUAAGCUAGUUCACGGUUAGAUUUCAGGUACUACAAUUGUAGCAAAACCCUGGUUUGCCAAGUUACUUACCUAUGCGUGAAAGUCUGUCUCCUCAUAAAGGUUGCAGCACAAAAUGAUCCUGGACGCUUGUGUGUAUGAUGCGUAUAUCCGCGAUUCUUUUGUCUUGCAAAAUUUAACGGAGAUGCAUAGUGUACUUCGUUUGUUGUCCGCCUAUGUAAUCCUCUGUCAGCUGGGUGUGCCCUUUAUAAAAAGCAGGCUAUUAAAGGUUUCAGAAUCAUGAACUCCCUUCAUCGGGAAGCAUGAGAUAGGUCUUCCAUUUUACCAGAUCUAGAGUAAACUACUUGUAUAAGCUUCAGCCCUAUCUUCUGUGAAUCCUUGCGUUCAUAUGAGCUCAGUUUGCUUGCUUCCUUGCCCGCCUCCUAAGGGUGUUCAAACGGAUUGGUUACCGUGGUAACCAUAUUAACCGGUAGAAUUCGGUUAAUUUUGUUUGGUUAAUUUGAAUAAUUGGUCUGGUUUGGU